UUGCAGGGAAUAUAUCGCUGCGAGAUCGACACUGUCGCAACCGGUGCUGGAGCAAGUGUCAGGGAGUCACUGUACGUCGGAUUGUAUCCAAACGGCGGAGGGCGAGCUCGUAUUGAAGGUGGAGUGGUGUCACUGACAGUGGGUAGGGACAGCAGAUCAGGCUAUGCUCAGUUCACCCUCACCUGCAUAUCCACUGGAGGACCUGCCACAACCGUCUCCUGGGUCCGUGAGUCCUCCGUGGUCAACGGAGGCAAGAAGACUGUGCUAGACGACCCGGUGACCGCUCGCUAUAUCCACACCCUCACUAUAUCUAGGAGAUUGGGGAGCACAUAUCGCUGCAUUGUUAACAACCUGGCAGGCAGAGUUGAGGCUUCAUUUGUACAAGACAAUGUUCUUCGUGUGUCUGGGGUCUCCACAACUGCUACUACUGCCAGUAUAUCAUGGACAGUAACGAACGGUGUGGCUCCCACUAACUUUUCCAUCUCCUACUCCAACACCAACAACACAGCCUGCCUCAGAUCCUCUCAAGUAAUCACAGAUAUUCCAGCCAACGAGACCUCCUAUACUCUGACUGGUCUUCAGCCUGGGACUCGGUACUCUAUCAUAGUCACUGCAGUACUCAGUAGCCUGGUCAACUUCUCAAAGAGCAUCACAACCACAACAGACUCCACUGCACCAUCUGCAGCUCCCACAUCUGUCGCCAUAGUAGACACCUCUCCAACCACUCUGGGUCUCCAGUGGACUCCACUGGACUGCCUCCAUGCCAACGGAGAGAUAACCGGCUACUCUGUCAGCUAUGGG